AUGAACGCCGACGAGAAGUUUAAUUUGAUCACUAAAGGCUUGCAGGAAGUCUUGAACCCCCAAAUUAUCAAGAACAUCUUGGAAAAUGAGAACAGACCUGUCAAGGUCUACUGGGGUACUGCUCCUACUGGUAAACCUCAUUGUGGUUACUUUGUGCCAAUGAUCAAGUUGGCUCAUUUCUUGAAGGCUGGAUGCGAGGUCACUGUCUUGAUUGCUGACUUGCAUGCCUACUUGGACAAUAUGAAAGCACCUUUGGAAGUGGUCCAGUACCGAGGUUCUUACUAUGCAUCUGUAGUGAAGUCCAUCUUGAAGUCCAUUGGUGUACCUAUUGAAAAGUUGAAGUUUGUUACUGGCUCGGACUACCAGUUGAAGGCUGAGUACACCAUGGAUUUGUUUAAGUUGUCAAACAAGGUGUCUCAGAACGAUGCCAAGAGAGCCGGUGCCGAUGUCGUCAAGCAGGUUGACAAUCCAUUGCUUUCUGGAUUGAUUUACCCAUUGAUGCAGGCCUUGGAUGAGCAUUACUUGGACGUCGACAUGCAAUUCGGAGGUGUGGACCAGAGAAAGAUUUUCGUUCUCGCUGAGGAACAAUUGCCAGGCAUUGGAUACAAGAAGAGAGCACACUUAAUGAACCCAAUGGUUCCGGGUUUGGGUCAGGGUGGUAAGAUGAGUGCUUCCGACCCCAAUUCCAAGAUUGACAUCAUUGAGGAGCCAAAGGUGGUCAAAAAGAAGAUUGCCUCUGCUUUCUGCGCUCCUGGCGACAUCGAUAACGGUUUGAUUGCUUUCCUUGAGAACGUCGUGCAGCCUAUCCAGGAAUUGAAGGAAGAUAAGGAAGGUGUCUUCAAAUUCUACGUUGACAGACCAGAGAAAUACGGUGGCCCAAUUAACUAUGACUCGUUGCUGGCCUUGAAGGACGACUUUGCUGCCGGAAAGUUGUCCCCAGUGGAUUUGAAGGCUGGUGUUUCUGACAAGAUCAACGAAUUGUUGGCUCCUAUCAGAGCAAUGUAUGAAGAUGACAAGGCUUUCCAGGAAGCUGCUGCUAAUGGAUACCCUGUUGCAGCUCCUAAGGAAAAGAAGGUUAAGAAGGUUAAGAACAAGGGAACUUUCUACCCUGGAGCUGGAAAGACCACUGGAACGGAGGAAGUGGAGCAGAAGUUAGAGAGUGCUAAGAUCGAGUAA